GCCCUUGUGACAUCACCGCUCCCUCCUCUCCCCCGUCCUGGCCGGGCCGGGCCCAUGGAGCAGCAACCUGAGGGGAUGGUAACAUCGGAGCCUCUGCCCUCCAGCCAUGGGCAACCAGUGCUGUAAGCCCGACCCAGAGGAGGCGGCGGCGGCCGCGGCGGAGGAGGAGAAGAAAAGGCUGACGGUGAAGAAGAGGAAGUUCCGGGGAGACAACAUGGACGCAGAGGUGAAGAAGUACCUUGAGAAAUACAAGCAAGGGAAAAGUGAGGAAACCAGAGAGACGAAGGAAGAAGACCCUCCGACCCCACCCAGCACACCGAAGGUAAAGAAGCCCUCUGAUGAAGAGGAGAGAGCCAAGCAGAUCCAGGCCUGGUGGCGGGGCACCCUGGUGCGCCGGACGCUGCUGUCCGCCGCGCUCUGCGCCUCCAUCAUCCAGCGCUGGUGGAAGCAGGUGCAGGCGCAGCUGCUGGAGGAGCGGCGGUGGGUGGCACUGGAGGCCUACACUCGGCAGAAGUGGGCGGCGGUCCGGCUGCAGUCCUGGUUCCGCAUGUGGCGCGUCCGCCUCCGUUACUGCCGCCUGCUGCAGGCCACCCGCAUCAUCCAGAUGUACUGGCGCUACCAUAACUGCCACACCAAUGGCUUCUUCCAAGGCAGGUACGAACUCACCGCGAACCAGCUGGGACUCGAACUUGAGAUCUUCCUGGGGUCACAGAUUUGUCGGAUUACAGAGUGCAUCCCCUUCCCAAUAAAGAACUGACCAGGUCUGCUCCA